AUGUUUUCUAAAGUGGUAGCUCUCUGCGCCUUCGUGGCUGUGGCCCAGGCUGGCCUCCUGGCCGCGCCCGCCCACUACUCCUCUGCCGCGGCGGUCUCUUCCCAGAGCAUCGUGCGCCACGACCAGCCCGCCCCCGUCGCCAAGCUCGCCGUGGCCGCCCCCGUGUACCACGCCGCCCCCGCCCCCGUCGCCUACCACGCCGCCCCCGCCGCCGUCACCUACCACGCCGCCCCCGCCCCCGUGGCCUACCACGCCGCCCCUGCCGUCGCCUACCACGCCGCUGCCGUCGCCUACCACGCCGCUCCCGUCGCCAAGGUCCUGGCUCACGAAGAAAUCGCUCACCCCAAAUACGAGUACACCUACUCCGUCGCUGACGGCCACACUGGCGACAACAAGUCCCAGCAGGAGUCCCGCGACGGCGAUGUGGUGAAGGGCUCUUACUCCUUCCACGAGGCUGACGGCUCCAUCAGGACCGUGGAGUACACCGCCGACGACCACAACGGCUUCAACGCGGUCGUGCACAACACCGCCCCCACCGCCGCCCCUGUCGUGGUUAAGGCCGCCCCUGUUGUGUACAAGGCCGCCCCUGUUGUAUACAAAGCCGCCCCCGCCUUCCAGUACUACCACCACGUGGUGGCCAGCAGGUCGGGGGUGCGGGGGCACCCUUGCCACCUCCGUCUGACGGGAAUGGCUUGGCGUUUCGGGCCAUUCCCGUGGGCCCUCCACAAUAGGGUCCGCCGUGUAGGCGGGCUGUCGCCGGGGGUGUCGCGGAAGUCUAAGGCUACGGCCGGAUACUCGCGACACCCCCACUCGGGCGAUGACGGAACGCCGCGGAGGUUUUAUUCACUUGCAAAAGUAAUCAGUAUACAUUUGCUAAUCACCCAUUUAACAAUGUUCACUAAAGUAGUAGCUCUCUGCGCCUUCGUGGCUGUGGCCCAGGCUGGCCUCCUGGCCGCGCCCGCCCACUACUCCUCCGCCGCGGCGGUCUCUUCCCAGAGCAUCGUGCGCCACGACCAGCCCGCCCCCGUCGCCAAGCUCGCCGUGGCCGCCCCCGUGUACCACGCCGCCCCCGCCCCCGUCGCCUACCACGCCGCCCCCGCCGCCGUCACCUACCACGCCGCCCCCGCCCCCGUGGCCUACCACGCCGCCCCUGCCGUCGCCUACCACGCCGCUCCCGUCGCCAAGGUCCUGGCUCACGAGGAAAUCGCGCAUCCCAAAUACGAGUACACCUACUCCGUCGCUGACGGCCACACCGGAGACAACAAGUCCCAGCAGGAGUCCCGCGACGGCGAUGUGGUGAAGGGCUCUUACUCCUUCCACGAGGCUGACGGCUCCAUCAGGACCGUGGAGUACACCGCCGACGACCACAACGGCUUCAACGCGGUCGUGCACAACACCGCCCCCACCGCCGCCCCUGUCGUGGUUAAGGCCGCCCCUGUUGUGUACAAGGCCGCCCCCGCCCUCCAGUACUACCACCACUAAAUGAUAUUAAAACUAUUUAAUUUAUUAAAGCAUAGUAUCUAAAUUA